AAUCCUUCGGGCGGGGGGUCAGCCGGACAGAGCCGAGAGCAGGGCGGAAAAGGCCGAGGGCUUCGAAAGGGGCUGCUCGCCCGACGAGAGGAGCCGAGUGCUUCCGGAGGACUGGCGGGCGGAGUUGGAGCGCCGGGAGAGCAGAGAGAGGGCGUGAGACGGAAGUUGCCGAUGGUCUUCCGGGAAGGGCCGAAGUGGGCUGUCCGUUGCCGUCCGACAGACAGACACACGCACAGAGCCCGCGGUCGAGAAAGCGGCAGCGGCGCUCCAAGGCGGGGCGGCCCCGGUUGCUGGUCCCUUUCCUGCCUUCCUCUCUCUCGCCUUCCCUCCCUUCCCGCCUUCCCUCCUUCCUUCCCUCCCUCCUCUUUCCCCCGCCCCGGCCUGCCCUGCCCUGCCUUGCCCCGUCCGGUGUCUUUCGACCGAGCCCAGCAGCCACGCCGGGCUAGGCCGGGCCAGGCCGCAGGAGCCCUUCGCCCCCUUCCCUCUCCUCUCCCUCCCCUCUCCCCACCCCCCCAUUCCCUCGCCCCGGGCUGGGCCGGAUCGGGCCGCGGUAGGAAGGUGGGAGAGGCCGGGGCCGGAAGGGCGAGAGACCAGCCAGCCCGCCCGUCUCGCCGCCAGCCAGGAUGAUCAAGCUUUUCUCGUUGAAGCAGCAGAAGAAGGAGGAGGAAUCGGCCGGCGGCACCAAAGGCUCCAGCAAGAAAGCCUCCGCCGCGCAGCUCCGCAUCCAGAAAGAUAUUAAUGAGUUGAAUUUGCCGAAAACAUGUGAAAUAGACUUUUCAGACCAGGAUGACCUCCUCAACUUCAAGCUAGUUAUCUGCCCUGAUGAGGGCUUCUAUAAAGGUGGGAAGUUUGUUUUCAGUUUUAAGGUGGGACAAGGCUACCCACAUGAUCCUCCCAAGGUGAAGUGCGAGACCAUGGUGUAUCACCCCAACAUAGACUUAGAAGGCAAUGUCUGUCUAAAUAUCCUCAGAGAGGACUGGAAGCCUGUACUAACAAUAAACUCUAUAAUUUAUGGCCUGCAGUAUCUCUUCUUGGAGCCAAACCCUGAAGACCCCCUGAACAAAGAGGCCGCUGAAGUCCUCCAGAACAACAGACGCCUGUUUGAGCAGAACGUUCAGCGCUCUAUGCGGGGCGGUUACAUUGGCUCCACCUACUUUGAGCGCUGCCUCAAAUAGAACUGACCGGCUCCGGGCACAAGCCUGCCCUCCCCUUGCCCCUUCAUCUCCCUUCCAGCUCUCCUAAGGGACUCUGCCAACACCGCUGCCUUCAGCCACCAAGGGGGCACAGGAGUCAGGCAGGGCCCCCCUUCCAUCCUCUCCCCCCUGACCCACCUGCUCGCCUUCCUACUGCCCACUGCCAGCCUGGGGCCUCAGCAGCCGCUUCCUCACCAAGCCCUCGUACCUCCUUCGUCGCCAUUCUCCCUAUGUGCUGCUGUGGGGUGAGGGGUGAGGUUACUGCUGCUUUUUUUUUUUUUUUACCCCAUCAUGUUGGGGUAGCCAUCUGCCCCAUGGGGCUGGGUGUGUGGGACCCCAUGCUGGCGCCCGUCUGCCUUUCUGGGGGCUGUGGUUUUGCUGCUAAGAACAGAAGGCUCCCUCUGUGCUCUGGCGUCCCCUGCCUGCAGUGUAGUGCAACUGCACUGCGUGAUCUGCAGGCCACUUGCCUCUCCUUUCCUCCUCCCCUGCUGGGCACCAAGGCUUCUGAGCGUAACUAUUUAUUACACAGGGGAGGCUUUUGAGGGCUGGGCGAGUCUGGAAGGUUGGGGAGGGGUGCUCAGCCGCCUCCACCAUGCCCCAGACACGGGCUUUAGGGAGGCUGGGUCAGGCCUGGAAAAUUCCUUUUAGAAUCGACUCGCUUGUGUGUCUGGUUUUUAAGGAAAAAUUAAAAAAAACCAAACCAACCAGUGCUAAUAAUAGUAGUAAUAAAAAUGUAAGCAGGGCAGUGCUGUUUCCACUGUGUCCACCAGGGCCUGCCCAACGACGAACUCUCUGCCUCUCCAGUGACUCCUGUGAGCCCCUGGCCAAAAUAAAGCCACUGUACUUCUAGUGUGUCGGGUUAUUAAAGGGGAAUGUUAGCGCACUCAA